CAGAUUGUCAUUGUCAAUGUCAAUUUUUGUUCUUUUGUUGACUAAUGAAUGGUAACUUAUUCUGAUUUUGCUUUAGGAAAACUAAACUUUAACUUUAAUAAUCAUUACUUACAAUCAACAACAGAAGUAUUUUAAUUGUUCACAAAUGAUAUAUCAAACUGUUCUUCAGUUAGGUGGACUGGAUAAUGUUUAACAUGGUUUAACUUUGUCUUUACCUACUCAUGUACUCAGCAGAUUAGUUCAGAAAUUUGAGGAAAGUUAUGGCUUCAUCAACUGAUCGAUCGUUUAAAGUGGAGACAACUAAGGCUAUAUUAAAGCACUUUUUCCGUGGAGAUAAAACAAAACUGAUGGAAGAAGCAGGUCAGCUGGUUGCAGAAGUUGCAAGCCUGGCUGUAGUGGAGGCAACACUACGAGCGGGAAAACAAGCCAAGACCGAAGGAUCCACAGUGAUACAGGCCGAACAUGUUGAAAAAGUUCUUCCCCAGCUGAUUACAGACCUUUAAAUGGAUUUCUUCAUUAAUUGGGUCCUAAUUUCAUCCAAACAAAGUUGUUGUCUCAAUCCAGUUAUGUAAAUAUUAUUUGAAUAAAGCUUUU